GCUUCUAGCUCCUGCUUGGCUCAAAAGUGGGGUACAUGUCAUGAAGUGAUUGGUAAAGGAGCAUUUGGUAUUGUUCGAGUAGCACACAAGACAGAUCCUAGCUCUCCUGGCGGAAAGAAUGAACAGCUUUAUGCUGUCAAGGAGUUUCGAAAGAGAAGCUCAGAAACUACCAAAGAUUACGUUAAGCGACUGACAUCCGAGUUUUGCAUUUCCUCGUCACUCCAUCAACGAAAUGUGAUUGAGACACUUGAUCUGGUACCACUUAGUGAAACAUCACUAGUUUAUUGUCAAGUAAUGGAGUACUGUGGUGGAGGAGAUCUUUUCAACUUGAUAUAUGAUACUUCUCAUGGGUUGGAGACAGCAGAGACAUACUGCUUCUUUAAGCAGCUGGUGCGGGGUAUCCAAUAUAUUCACAGUAUGGGUAUCGCACAUCGUGACAUUAAGCCAGAAAAUCUCAUUCUUACAUCCACUGGAUGCCUCAAGAUAACGGAUUUCGGAAAUGCGGAAUGUUUCCGCGCAACCACUCUAAAGAACGACGAGCAAGGAGAACACGAAUGUACUGUAUAUUAUUACAGUAAAGGACUUUGUGGUUCAGAGCCGUACAUAGCACCUGAAGAAUUCGAGAAAAAGGAAUAUGAUCCCAGAUGUGUGGAUGUCUGGAGUGCAGCUGUUACUUUUAUGGCCAUGAAGACGAGUAAUCACAUGUGGAAUAUGGCAAAAAAAGAUGAUGAA